AUGUCUAGCGCUGGCAAUGGGGGCUAUGACUUCUCACAAUUAUUCCAUGCCUCUCAUCUGUCUUACUCGCCCGGAUCCACCUUUCUCGCGACGGUCCACCUGAACAAAAUCAUCAUCAGAUCCAGUUCAACAUUAUCCAUCGUCAGGAUCUUUCAAUGCCUCCUCCCACCAGAGUCAAGUUCCAAAGUCCAACCUCUGGACAUUGCCAUCGAUCAGCUGCUGUGGUCCUCUGAUAGUCUGUACCUCAUCGCAUACUCUGGCAAGGUUCGGACCGGCUGGCUGUUUGGUCUCACGCAAGAUGGGCGAGGAGAAGGCGGGGAAGUAGCUAGACUCGGUGGAGAGGGUGUGGAUGGGUUGGUCAAGGUCGAAUGGGGCAAAGGUGAUCGAGAAAUCCUUACUUGGUCGGAUUACGGACUGCACCUCACCAUUCAUGAUCUGAUGACCGGAGAGACUCGACAAAUCCAGCAUCCAAGAUCGCCGAACAACUGCCACACAUACUCUCCAGAUUCUAGGCAUCUAGCCGUACUUGAGAGGCACUCGGGCAAAGACUUUGUGGGAAUUUACGAUACACAAGAUUCUUACGCUCUCUUACGGCACUUUCCUCUGGGCCUCAAUAACGCUCAAGAGAUCUCUUGGUCCCCCUGCGGACGGUACAUCGCAGCAAGUGAUGAUUCCAUUCACUACCUGCUACAUCUUUACACUCCACUCGGGACACAUUUGGUGUCAUUUGACGCAUCAUCUCCAUCUUUCAACCUAGAAUCAGCGUCUCACGAUCCCGCCCUGGGCAUUCGAUGCUUCUCGUGGGCUCCCGGUGGAAGGUGGAUUUUGAUUGCGGGAUGGGAUGGGAAAGUCAGAGUGGUAGAGAGCGAGGGCGGGAGAUGUGUGGCUAUCAUGGCGUGGCCCAAUAGGACCAUCGAAGCCGAAACGGUCGUUUGGAGCGAGCCUAGAGAUUGGCUGAGGGACUGCAAGGGGCAUGGCAUUGUACAAUUCGAUCGGGUCAAGACCCCCGCCUCGCUACCUUUUGUCAAGUCUGACUUUUCACAUUUCCCACCUCGAUCUGGAGUUUCUCAUAUCUGCUUUGAUACCAAAGGCACAUACUUCUUCGUUCGUCAAGAUACGCAGCCAUCCCUCUUACAUGUCCACUCUUUCCUCCCAUCUGCUCAAUCCUCGUCACCGGACAUCAAGCAUAUCGCAGUCUUGCUGUUCUCUCAGCCGAUCAGGAGUGCCACAUGGUGUUUGACUAGACGCAAACUGGCCAUCGCGACUCGUUCCGGCGCCGUCUUCUUCUGGGAUGGAGAUGGGGGCUGGGUUGAUGAUGAUAGCAUGAGGGACAGUACCGCGUCGGAGAGCAAAGCAGGAAUGAUGGAGGCUGUCGGGAUUCCCACUCGAGUCAACUUUAAGACGUCUGACAUCGUCUGGUCACCGGACGGUACAUCUCUCGGGAUACUCGACAAAUCUUCCACCCAAUUUUGCCUCCUCUACGAAGAAUAUACUGGUGAUACGAGCUCAGCUCUGGGUGUCGAGACGACCUCUCAGAGGCGGUGGGACGGCAUCGAUCAAUUGAGUCAUGUUAUGGAGGAAGACGAGGACGAAGCAGUGGAUGCUAGUGUGCUGACCUCACUGGCCGAAACCGAGGCUCUGUGGACACAGAGGAGAAACGGGAUCCUCGCUUAG